AUGUGGACGAUGGGAUGGAUGAUUGGGUUCACGACCAUGUGGGCAAGGACAAGGAAGACGAAAAGAUCACACAUGCAUAGUGGGGAUUCAUCCAGUCACGAAGUCAAAGGUAACAUCCAAGGCUCCACUCCCACCUAUCUCGUUGACAAAGUGAAAGAUAAAUCUUGUGGCCAUGGGUGUCGACAUGUCUUGCUGUUGGCGGUGUGCAACAUUCAUCUGUACUGCUUCUCCUCCUUGCCAUUAGGACAUACCAGUGGACCGAGGCAAGUUGUAUGCGAUCCUGCCAUCCCAGCAGUAUGUUAA